GGGCAGGAGAGAGAUGCUGCACUCGAAACAGCAUGCUUGAGCGCCGAUCCUUCAGUCUGUCGGUCGGCUGUGGAAGAGAGCAGGUUGAGUAAGGACAGAUACUUCUGUAAGGGUUGGCUUUAAGUGAAUAAUCAAGGCAUUUCAAGGUCCUAGCGGUAGAUAUCAUGUCUUCACAUGCUCUGCCCUGCUGACAAGUGACAAAAAACGGUUCCUUGGCAGGACAUUGGAGAAGCAAAGGAAGGAAUGUAAGAUGAGGUUGUGAUUCCAUCCGAACUGAAAACUUUAAAGGCCUAGUAACAACAAGCAAGAAACUAAACCUUAGAUGGAUCCACACAGAGGCUAUGGCUGAUACAACAUGAGUGUUCAAAGAGAGCUACGAACUGGUGAAGACAACCAACAAGAAGACGUAAACAAGCAGACAUUUUUAGAACGAGCGGGAGAUGCUAAUGCCAACCAAAUAUCCAUAGAAGAAACUUAUUUAGAUGACAAAGAGCACAGCAGCCCACAACCCUCUCUUACAUCUCAGUCUGAACCCCAGGAGAGGAUUAUCAUCUGGGGAACGCAUGCUCGGAGUGAGGACCCCGAGCUGGAAGAAUUUGAACUUCUGGAGUGUCAAGAGCUAGAAACAUUCAUUGCGGAUGAAGAACAAAGAGAUCAGAGUGUGAGGAACAAAAAAGUAACAAAGAACUAUUUUGAUAGACUGUCAACAUUUACAACAAUGACAUCUGCUGUUGGAUCUGCAUGGAAAGACCACAAUGAGAAUCACAGGGUGGACGGAGGUGCAAAUGAGAACACUCAACCCCUUGACCUCAGGACCUCCAGCUCUCGUUCUGGGGGAUACAGGACCCUGAGGGAGGCAAGGAGUGGUUCUGAAAGCAACGUCUUUUCAUCUUCACUUUCUACAGUUACCAGCCUCAGUGGAAGUUUAGCCAGUGCCCUGGACAGUGCAGGCUGCACGCAGCCUCUCUCUUCCCAGUCCACCAAGUCUACCUCAGGCAAAGGCAAGAACCAGCAACCAGCCACUAUUGAGUCCUACAUCCACUCAGAUAGAAACAAGGAGCUUCCCAGGGAUUUGGACCAAAACCACAACUCAACCAUACUGCCUCAGGAACCACAAUAUGACAGAAGUAAGCUAAUCACUCCAAGUGUGGGGUAUCCUUCACACAGAGGAAUACAAAUGCAAAAAUUCACCACGGAUGCAGAUCAGAACCAGGGGAAAAGGACUUCAUCCGAAUUGCCGAAAGGUAUGGUGAGAGUACUACCUUCUUGUAGGCAACUAGUACGACCUCUUUCUACAGAUACAGAUAGAAGGCAAACCUCAGGAUAUGUCAGCACAGACAUCCAGACGGGACACCAGCCUUCACACUUCUCAGAGACAAGUUAUAGCCAUCAACAAGUUCAGCAGACUGCAGAGAUCAAUAUUAAGUCCUCAAACACAGGCUCAGAGAUGCUUCCUAACCAGACAUUUACAGGAGAGACUCAAGGCUUGAAGAGGCAGAGCUCUUCAGAUCGUGCUGCCAGUCCCUCAAGCCUAGAGAGAAAGACUCACUUCAGCCGCCGGACCUACAGCAGUCCGACAAGACCAUCGACUCCUCCAUCCCCCAGAAACACUAGGUCACCUCAGAGACAGCAUUCGUCUUCGCCCAUUAAGACGUUACCUUCUCGGGGUCCACAGUUGGGUUAUGCUGUAUCACAGGGGUACAGCUCUGGUUUAAGAGCACCGGUCAAAACUACAAUCAACACAAGCAUCCAUAAACCUCCUCCAACAGAGACCUCCCCUCCAUCCAAGUGCCCACCAAAGCCAAAAAGCGUUCGCCCCAAAAUCAUCACGUACAUUCGGAAGACCCCACAAAUUAAACCGCAGUCCCUUGAUGGAACUUAUGAGAUGUCAUCCUUACAUACAAAACUUACAACGUAUAGUGGUACUCAAGCCAAACCAACACCAGGAGAUCAAGGGGAUGCCCCUGUGCUGAGUGCCUCAAACUUGCUCUAUGAUAAAUAUCGGCAAGAGAUGCAGAAAGUCCGGCUCUUCUGUCCUGGACUUAUGGUAUCUGGCAUCAAGCCACCCAGCAGUACCAUGCCCCACAAAAUGACAGGAAGGGCUGAUAGCUUCUAUGGGUCGCUCAACAAACCAACCUCUGCAGUGGUGAGCAGAUCUCCAGUCCCGUUUGGGUCUCCAAUGUCUGGAGCCGAGGACACAUUAGGACCCCCUGUGGGAGCACAAGACACAGGGAAUCUUUAUCGCUCUCCACGGGGCCUAAGACCUCAGCUUGGCGUUGGCGCUGUUAACAGGACUCCCUCUGCAGCCGCCAAAAACAGAAUGGUCCUAACAGGUCACCCAAAGUCACCAUUGGCCCUCAACCAACCAAUGCAGGCUGUAAACCCGACCACUCAGAUCCCUCAGGAACCUCAAGAUCAAAAAAGAGCAAUGGCUGCAAAGUCUCUCCUGCCGAAACCAGCUCAAUCUGGCCUGCGUCCUCCUGGUUACUCCCGCCUCCCGCCUGCUCGUCUUGCUGCAUUUGGGUUCGUUAGGAGCUCCAGUGUCUCUUCCGUGUCCAGUAACCACUCGACGGACAGCACGCAAAGUGACCCCUGUCGACCCAUCUCCCGUCCCAACAUUGUAAAUGACGAAGCACCUCCUCACCGUGUCAUUACGUCCCCACCUGCAGAAGGACCUAGAGCCCCUUUCCGCAGCCCCCCUCAGCCCCCUAACACUCCUGCACUCACACGCCGCUCCCUACUGCUCCCUCCACGCAGUUCACCUGUGGCUUCCCGUAAGGAGUUCCAGAAGACUUCUGAUGGCUCUCGUUCAUCUCUCUCGUCCCCAAAGAGAUUGGCUGUGGUCUCUCCUAAACCGCAGUCUCCAGUCCACCAGAGACAACAGAGAGCGACGGUUGCAGUCCGAGGUUCGAGUGUGCCGAUUUUGCCUCGUACUGGCUCUCCGGGCCCAGAGAAGAAAAAAGAAGAGCAGAAGAAGGAAAAAGAGCAAGAGGAAGCAGAGAGAAAUGAGGAACUGCAGCUCUUGCAGGGCCGCUGUGAAGAUCAGGCCAGGCAGCAACAGGCUCUUCAAGCUGAACUGAAGAAAGCCAGCAUGGGUCUGGAGGUCUUUGUGAUCUGCACUCAACACUUCUGCCUCAAGAAUGAAAAUGCUGAGGAAAAAGAAAGACAGUUGUCUUGGGAACUCAGCAAAAUUCAGCAGGAAGUGGCCUUUAACGCAGCACGCUGGGAGCGUCUGCAAAAGGAGAAGCGAGAGCUGGAGGAGUGUUUUGAGAGGGAGCUCAAAGAGUUGCAGGUCCAGCAGGAGUCUGAACUUGCUACCUUAGAAGAGAACCUGAGAAUGCGGCACGCUUCAGACAGGGACCAUCUUAAAGCCGAACAUCAGUCGGAGGUGGAAGAGCUUCACACCCAGCACCAGGAACAGAUCGAGGAGUUGACUGCUAACCAUGAGGCUGCCCUGGAGGACCUGAAGACCAUGCAUAACAUCACCAUGGCAACACUACAAGAGGAGCAUGCCAGGACUAUGAGAGAUUUAAGAAAAGCCCACGAGCAGCAGAAAGCCAGUCUAGAAGAAGAUUUUGAGAAACUGCGCCUCUCCCUUCAGGACCAGGUGGACACUCUGACAUUCCAGAACCGAACCCUGAAGGACAAAGCCAAACGUUUCGAAGAGGCUCUGAGGAAAAGCACAGAUGAACAGAUUGUGGAUGCCUUGGCCCCAUAUCAGCAUAUUGAGGAAGACCUGAAGAGUCUGAAGGAUGUUCUGGAGAUGAAGAACCAGCAAAUUCAUAACCAGGAGAAGAAGAUUUGUCAGCUGGAGAAAGUGCAGGCCCAAAAGAACCUGCAUCUGGAGGAGCGGGUCCAGGUGCUUCAACAGCAGAAUGAAGACCUGAUGGCUCGCAUUGACCGACACCUUACGGUGUCAAGACAACUGUCUGAAGAGAACGCUAACCUUCAGGAGCAUGUCGAGAAGGAGACCAACGAGAAGAAACGACUAAGCCAUAACAACGAGGAGCUGCUCUGGCUUCUCCAGACGAGUCCUCACCUUUCCCCCUCCUCCUCCCCCAUUCACAGAGCCUUCUUCCCCAGCCCUGACAUCCCACCCUACCCUUAUUCUCCAGGCCCUGGUACCCCCACACACUCCUGUUCUCCCAGCCCCUGUACCCCCACUCACAGGGUGGUGUCUCCUGGAGCCGGGACGCCCACUCUCAGAGGUUCUCCAGCAGCACGGUCGUCCCCCGCUCGAGUCCCGAACGCCAACACUUUACCCAGAUGAGCAGUCCUACUGAAUCACUUCAUCUGUGUCUGUCUUUUCUGUUACUUCAUUUUGGAUUUCAGUGCUUUUGAUGUGCUGUUGAUGAUCUUCUUUGAUAAGCGAGACUAUUGCGGUUGCUAUUACAUCCAUAUUUUAUUUAUACGGCUUCCGACGACUCCAACAGCCAGACAAAGAUGAAACAGCCUCUUUUACUUCCGCGUUUGAUGCGAGCCGCACAACAUGUCUCUUCGUCUCUGGGGAUUGAACUUGUUAACCCGUAGCAUCAGAAUGAUAUGGAAAAUAAAUGUGCUGAGGUGAAGACUCGGCUUUAGAUGUGACAUUACGACUCUAUAACAUGCUGUUGAACUCCAACACAAAUGUCUGUACGUUCUCCUGAAUGGUACAUGAGAACUCUAAUACAACAAAAGCACUUUAUGUUUCUGCUCAACCUUCUUCCGACAGAUAAAUGCACCAGCAUUUUCUUAUUUUGUGGUUUAGGACAGUCUUCUUAUUUCAUGAUUCUCCCAGUUUUCAAACAAUAUUUCAAACAACUGUAAUUCAAGCCAUGGUGCAUGACUUAUGAAACAAAACAGGGAGAUGCAGAAAAUGUCAAAUUACCGACUACAGGAAGUGAUGUAAAUUGUUGUCAUAAUUUUUAUUAUUUAUUUAUCAUAAUGGACAUUUUGCUUCUUGAUGUGCAUGUGAGUCUUCCAUUCUUAAUGUGAAACCUAGGAUAGUUGUCAUGCAAGCGUAGAUACUCGGACUCGUGGGAAUGAUAGCUUCCACCUCUAAAUGUUUGAGAAAAUUAUUUAACUAAUUGAGUACCUCAGAGAUGACGUAUUUUUCUAUGCAAGCCCCAGAAGCGAGCAUUUUAGCACUUCCGGUCAUUGCGCAUACACAGUAAGUCAAAUGUUGUGUUAAUUUGUAAAGAUUUUCUUGAUAGACAAGUUGUGUAAACAUCAUAAACCUUUGUUAAUUAUUUAUUAUGUUAAUUUUUUUGCGAUCUUACAAAAAUCUAUGAGAAAAAUUCAUAGGCUUUCAGUCGAGGGAACCAGUGCGGCCUAACUUCCGGGUUGGCCUACAAAAAUACGUCAUCUCUAAGGUACUCUAUAAUAGACAAGAUUCUACAAAUAACACCUCAAGUUAUACCUGUAAGAGAUCCUGCCAGGGGUGUUGCAGGUAUGUGAAAUGGUUUUACGGAAUGUAAAAUAUAACAGCUAGUAUGCUUGGAGUAAUUUAAGCUAUCUUUAUAGUAAUGCUGGUUAACCCUUGUAUUACCUCUAUAGAGUGUAGCAUAACCUAGAGAAAGUUUUCUGUCUUUGGAUGAACUAGAAAGGAAUGUAACCGUCUCUUUAAAUGAUGUGCGAUAAAGUUCAGGGAAAUUGUUUUACGCUGUCUCGAUGGCAGUUUUCAUUUUCGUAAUACUUAAAUAUUUGAAAUAGCACAACGACAUUCCUAAUGCAAAGUGGGUUUUGAUAUUUCAAAGCAAAGCUGUCUUUUGUUUAAUUUUUGGAAAAUUGGAUUGUGUGUUUGUUUUUACAAUUGAUAUAUCUUUCAAUUCUCAACCUUCUAAACUUUUGAUACAAAUAUCUUAAAGGAGAAAUUUUGUAAACUCUUUACUGAUAAUGUUUUUUCUAUAGUAUUAUCAGUUGGUGCUUGUACAGGGUAUCGUACACAGAUGUACAAUAAUCUGCUAUAUAAGACCAGCUAUCAACAAAAAAAGUGCUGUCUGCAGUCCACACGCCGAGUAUGUUAUUUAUUUUAAGUAGGUAGUUUUCUUAAGUUUUUGUAUAAACAUUCACAUUACUGUGAAUUUUAUUUUUUUAUUUGAAUUUUGAAGUUCGUAGUUGUAAGUCAUACUAAAAUUAUGUAGCUUUACAAUUAAAAUUACAUUUCGUAUUUAGUUUGCUCGGUCACUGUGAUACAAAUGGCUCAUCUGUGUUUUCAGCGUUCCAUUUUUGCUACUCUUGCACACAUGCUAAAGAGUUAUCUGGAUGUUUCAAGCACAAAAACAUGAAUUAAAAUAUUCCAGCACUUCAUAUUUUUUAAUCUUUUUAAACAUUUUUUUAAACUUUAGCAAGAAUUUCUAGUUUAUACCAGAAAGUUUUAACAAUUUAAAAAAAACUUUUGCUAGUCUGAAAUUCAAUAAUGUUUUAAAAAUACUGACUUACCAUAUGGAAAUGAUUUAGGGAUGUGCCUUCAUUUAUUGUGCAAAGUAGCAAAAAUGGUUCAGAUCACUGCGCUCUUACAAACAGUGAAUAUGCUUCUAAUAUUACAGAUAAAACAAACAAUUGUGUAAACAAAAAAUGUAAAUGUUUUUCACAAUAAGUAAAACAAUUAUUUUUAAAAACGAAAAAUUUUGAUUCAUUUUUAGAUUUUUUAAACAUAAUCCAGCAUUCUGCAGUCCUUUGUAUUCUUUAUAUGUUUAUGUCUCAACCAAAACCUCAGCAUGUUCAAUUUAUUGCUCAGAUUUCAAUACUGCACCUGCCAUGACACACUGUCAAUGUUAACAAAUCUACAGUUACAACACUAAAGAGUUACUGUUUAUUUCACUGGUAAAAAUGUCCUGAGAGCUUAUUGGUUUCCAGUUCUUUUUAUGGCCCUCAAGACAACUAUCACUAUGGGAUUAGAUCACAGAUGUUAUGAACAUGUUAAUCAGGUGGUGAGACUGCACUGACCUUUUUGUCCUGUGGACAUUUAACUAUUAAACUACUGAAUGUCAACCUAUCCCUGAAUACUGACACAGUAAACAGAUUGGGGUGGUUGGAGUUACUUGUCGUACUGAAUGAAAUUUGUCCGUUCAUCUAUUUACUAACAGUUGACUUUAUUAUGUCUUUUUUGACUGGAUUUACAGUCGCUUGUAAGCUAGUAUUUAUUGUGUUGUCGUGCACAGUAAUCGAUGCAUGUUUGUCUUGGCAGAUCAUUUCUUCCCUGCUGUGUAUGUUUUCAACCUUGUGAUGCUGUAACUGUAGCAUAGAGAAUAUAAUACUAAGGAAUGGAAAGAAUUUAUAUAUAACACAUUUGUAUUCACUUUGGGGAGUGGGAAUGGAUAUUAAAAACCUUUCAAGAGAAAAGAAAUUCCUUUACGUAUUCAUUCAUUCAUUCAUUCAUUUUGUUGUCCGUGUGAAUUUUUGAUCAGCGAAAUGGGGUUUUGGUUCCUGUGUAUGUACCUUCUUAUUCAUAGUCGUGACCCAAAUUUGUACCUAAGGGUGAGCAAAACACGACAAAACCCUUGGGGACAACCUAAAAAUCAAUUUGUAAAAGUCCUAUUUUAUUUUAAAAUUGUAAAAUACGAAAGUUUUUGAGGUGUGGGAUUGAUGUUUGUGUAUGGGGAUACCUAUUCAAUUCCCUUUCUCUCCACCUCUCAUUCUCUCUCUUUGCCACACAAACACACACAUAUGCAAUAUGUUCCACCUGAGGGUGUGUUCCUUUGAGGAUUUGCAGUCUUGACAAACAAAGAGUACAUAAUCUGUAUUAAGAAGGUAAGAAGUGGAAGACGCCAUUUCAAAGGCUCGAAUAGAUUCUCACAUCAUGAGGCAAGUGUUGUAAAACUUAAGAUGCAAUGGUUCGGUCUGCAUCCUAUUUGAGUGGUUUUUAACAAGGCAAAGAUUCACACUUUAAAUAUGGAAAGACAUAUCACACCAUAACCUUCAGGUAAGAAUCAUUAAAGCUCCUCGACAUAUGCAGCUAAUGAUUUUUAUUACAAUGGAUAACAUUAAUAUUGUUG